CGCAACGCUGUCGGUGUUUGUAUUCCAUAUCGGGUACAUUGUACAUUGGAUCACACGUGCAGCCACGAGGCCUUGAGAUGUCACUGUAUACCUCGGGUCACAGGAUUAUGUCAGGGCGUGUGUCGUCCACUUCUGAACUCGUACGCCGAACUUUUGGUUUCACAAUCUCCUCUGUGCCUCCUGUCCUCUUCAUUGUCCUCAUUCUGUUCUUUGCCAAGCUCAUCUCCUGCGCCCCGCUCAUCAUCCUCGUGCUCCGCCUGCUCUUCUCCUUGUUCUCCCCGCUUCACACCUCAUUCAAUGAUCCCUUCCUUGGCUCGGCCUUCCGCGGCGCUCCGCGGUGUAAGAUUGGCGCGCCGUGGCUCGAGGCAAGAGCGAAGAGGCGGAUGGUGCGGGCCGUCGCUUCGUGCCGCCCAUGGCAAUCUUCAAGAGGCCCCGCACUACGAAGGAGCCGAUCCCCCCUGCCAAGCCCGCAUUCACCUGGGGUCCAUCUUUCGACCCCGACUCCGAUGAAGUGCAGGCCGCUUGGCAUCAGGACGGCUACAUCAUCGUCAAGGGCCUCCUGCAGAGCGAUGAGGUGAGGCGCCUUGAUGAAGCUGUGACGCAGGACGGAGGGAUCGCUGCGCACUCGUACGGCAGAUCUGACGGCAUGGGGCGCCAAACGAGGCUGGCGCUCUGGAACCACCCAGGGAACGACGUGACGGGGAUGAUAGCCCGCGUGCCCAAGGUGGCCAGGACAAUGGAGAGCUUGCUCGGGGGGGAGGUGUACCACUACCACUCGAAGCUGAUGAUGAAGGACGCACGGACGGGUGGUGCGCACCUUUGGCAUCAGGAUUUCGGGUAUUGGUCCCAGAACGGCUGCGUGUACCCAGACAUGGCCACUGUCUUCAUCCCGCUGGACAAGAUGGACGCCGGGAAUGCGGGCCUCCGGGUGCUGCGCGGAAGUCACCGGUGCGGCCUGCUCCCCCAUCACGUCACCGGGAGCCAGGCGGAGGCAGAUCCGAAGAGGCGGCGUUGGGCGGAGCAGUCGGGGCUGCCGGAGGUGCAGCUGGAGAUGGAGCCCGGAGACGCGCUGUUCUUUCAUUGUUUGCUGCUGCACGCGUCAGGGCAGAACAGCUCGGACCGACGCCGCUGGUGUUUCCUUGUUGGGUUCAAUCGCGCCGAUAACAACCCGAUGAUAGAGCACCACCAUCCUCAGUACACCCCGCUCGCGAUUGUAUCGAAUGAGGCCAUCAAGGAUUCGGCCACCCCACUUGUGGACCCCUCAGGUAAGGAUUUCAUGAAUCCAGGGGAUGACAAGUCGGUGGCGAAGUAUGCGGAGCACGGCUUUCACUGAGGCUGGCUCUUGUGCACCUUUUUUCGCGUCGGUGGCAGCGAACCCGUUUCGACUUUCUAAGAGAGCGUUUUGCAGUGUAGUAUCGCCGACUCUGCUUAAGUAAAUAUAGACAGUCAAAUCGCAUUGUCGGCUUGUAAGCACCCGUGUUUUCGCACAUGUGCAUAUAUUCGCUGGCAUUCUUUGUAUCUUUCCGAGUGGACCCGAGGAUGGUCGACGUGCCCGAGAGGGUUGGGGUCCUGGGCGCCACGCCUCCGAUAGGCUGUGCAGAAGGGUCUGGAAGCAGGUGUGCGCAUGGCGCGCAAGGAGGGCGCACGGGGACAGGUCUCAUUCCGUCUCCCCUCCCAGGCGAGCCUUUCUAGACCCGCCCGUUCUUGGAAAUACCUGCCUCAAGAAGAAGCCAGUCUCUCCCCCCUGCCGCACCCAGUCGAAGCGAUUUGUACCGCCCCCCGACGGCCACCGCGGCGAAUGUCGGCCACGCUCAG